CAUCUAUGGAAAGGUGUAAAAACUGAACAGAAUGGACAGAAUAGAAGGACAAAUAGAGGAGAGAGGGUACUGGGGCAGUAAAACAGAGUAUCUUCUGGCUGUGGCAGGGAAUGUGAUUGGACUGGGUAACGUGUGGAGGUUUCCUUACCUCUGCUACAAGUAUGGAGGAGGGGCGUUCCUGAUACCCUACCUGGUGUUUGUGGUUACCUGUGGGGUCCCUCUGUUCCUGCUAGAAACAGCUAUGGGACAGUACACACAGGAAGGGGGCAUUACUUGUUGGCAUCGGCUCUGUCCAUUAGCUGAGGGUAUUGGCUAUGGAGGACAACUGAUUCUUUUGUACAGCUGCAUGUAUUACAUCGUCAUUCUGGCCUGGGCGCUUUUCUACCUCAUCUUCUCUUUCAGCUCCCAACUGCCAUGGGCCAGCUGUGACAACACCUGGAACACAGAUGACUGUGUAAAUCUUGCUGCAAAGAAUUUGACCCUCAACCAAACAACGCUGAUUAAUUCAACACCUGCUGCUACUGAGUUCUGGGAACGCAGAGUUCUGUCUCUCUCUGGAGGUAUUGAGGAGAUCGGUAAGAUCAACUGGGAGAUUCUUCUGUGUCUCAUUGCAAUGUGGGUCAUUUGUUAUUUCUGCAUCUGGAAAGGAGUCAAAUCUACAGGCAAGGCGGUGUAUUUCACAGCUACAUUUCCUUAUGUGAUGCUGCUUGUGUUGCUGAUUCGUGGGUUGACUCUUCCUGGAGCUCUGCAGGGGGUUGUGUUUUACCUGUACCCUGAACCAGCCCGUCUCUUUGACCCGCAGGUUUGGUUGGAGGCCGGGGCACAGAUCUUAUUUUCCUACAGUGUGUCUGUUGGCACUCUCACUGUUUUAUCCAGCUACAAUAAAUACAACAACAACUGCUACAGGGACAGCUUGUGGCUUUGCAUCCUGAACAGUUGCACAAGUUUGGUGGCUGGCUUUGCUGUGUUCUCAGUCUUGGGCUUCAUGGCCCAAGAGCAGGGCAUCCCCAUUGCAGAGGUCGCAGAAUCAGGGCCAGGACUAGCAUUCAUAGCUUAUCCACAGGCUGUGGCUAUGAUGCCUCUUCCUCAGUUGUGGGCUGUUUGUUUCUUCAUCAUGAUUAUUUUGCUGGGGCUAGAUACACAGUUUGUUUCAAUGGAAGCCGUCACAACGUCAGUGAUUGACCUCUUCCCCAUGAUUCUGCGCAGAGAAGGACGGCGAGAAAUCUUCAUACUGCUCUUCUGUCUCAUUUGCUUCUUGGGCCAAUUCAUCAUGGUUACAGAGGGGGGGAUGUAUGUAUUCCAGUUGUUUGACUACUAUGCCUGCAAUGGAGCCUGUGUACUGUUCCUGUCUGUGUUUGAGACUCUGGCCAUGGGUUGGAUUUUUGGGGCUGAGAGAAUGUUUGACAUCAUUGAGGACAUGACGAACUCACGGCCCAACUACAUAUUCAUGCUGUGCUGGAAAUACCUGACUCCUCUCGUAUCUGUGGUGUCUUUUUUCUGUUCUAUGGUAGAGUACACGCCCCUCACUUUUAACCGCUGGUAUGUGUACCCAGACUGGGCGUAUGUGCUAGGCUGGUUACUGGCCCUGUCCUCCAUCAUACUGGUGCCUGGAUGGGCGCUGGGUCAACUGUUUGCCAGGAAAGGGAGUCUGAAACAGCGUUGGCUUCACCUGUGCAGUCCUGAUCCAGAGCUUCCUCUCACCUCCAAACAAAGAGCUGAAAUGAAGGAAACUACUUUCACUGCAGAGAUGGAAGAUUUAGUUAGGGCACACAUAAAUGAAGAUGAAAAUGGACACUAAUGUAUUUUGUAGUCAAUAUUUUGUCAAUAGUCCCUAUACUAACAAGUUGUAGAAGUAAAGGCCCAAAUUUAAAGAGCCACACAGAUGGGAAAUCAAAAAUUACCUGUAUCAAGUGUAUGAUGUAGCUGUCCAUCAGUGUCAACAAUGUGCAAAGUAAUUAAACCAAAAAUUACACGAUUUAUGAAGUUAUUGGCUUCUAAAGUAAGGAGUCGACUCUGAAUCGCUGAAACGAGUCGUUAUAGAUUUCAAAUCUUUUGCCCAUCUCUAUGUACGUCACUAGAACACUUUGCAUAAGAAUCUCCGCCUACCGUCUUGGGAGAAACGGAACUCUGACCUGCCCCACCCCCCACACACAGAUGCUCUGGUUGGUGUGAUAGCAUCAUGUCGAGGAGAUAGUGUGUUUUUAAUUGUAAAGGCAAGUUUGUUUAAUUUUCACUGCCAAAGAAUGAAGAUCAGA